UCAACACUUCCGUUGUUGUUUUCGUUACAGUAUGGUGGCAAUAUUAUGUCGGAAAUUCAGUGCGAAUCUACACUUGUUUGCGAUCAGGAUCAAAGACUUUCAAGGCGCACCUAGCAAGGUGGUUGGCAGUUAGGAGUCUCUUGGUACUAGUCACUUAUGACUAAAUUAUGCCAAAAUUUCGAUCUAGCGCUCAGGCAGCUGCUGGGCAGUGUGAUGGUGGUUCUACAGAUCGGGAAUAUGGUAUCCAAUGGCACACGAUGACCUGGAAUGACUCAAGCGGUAGGCUCGACUCUCUAAACAAACAACAUUUUGUACCAAAAUCCACUAAGACCGGAGCGAUCGCUAUGAGUGAUCCGAAUGCUGGCUCAAUGGCACCGUCGAAUCCUGCUGGAUUUCCUGACAAGAGCACUGCGGGCGACAAGGCUGGCGCAGCUAUCUUGACUCUGCUUACCGCUGCUAUUAUCAUCGGGGGCGUUGUUUUAUUACUAACUUAA